UCGGGGAUUUCCGUCGCAAAUUGACGUCACAAGACGCCAUGAUAGUUUGAGCAGAAGGUGUACUCACCUGGCAGGCGAAUAUAUUCAAGCAAUUAACCAUUUACAACAUGUAUUUGUUACGUUUUCGAGUAACGAGGCACUUGACGGUAGUGGGACUCCUUAUAGGUAGAAGUGAUUCUUGUAGGUAACGUCAGAAAGGAAAGAAAAACGCAUUAACAAGUGUUACACGCCAGGUGCCUUUUCUGGUGUGGGAAAUCCCAAAGGUACGAUACACGGAAAGAAACCGAAACAAGAACUUGCCAUCAGGAUCGACUUGCAGUAGAGCAAAAUGUGAUAGUAAACAUACAACCUCAACAAUAUUUGAUUGCAUGCGUGUAGUUUUUUUUCACUUUCAUAAUAUUUCUUCAAAACCAAGUUACAGUAGGAAGUGCACAAUAUAUAUUGCAUUGUUGAGUUUUUUGUCAUUUACUUGAGAACUGACAUUCACAAUGGGUGAUCCACAUACUCGCCGCAGUGCUGCCGUCAACAGGUUACGUAGUCAGCUUCGUAAGAAGAGAGAGUCACUGGCAGAUCAAUUUGACUUCAAGAUGUUCAUGAUAUUUCACUUCAAGGACAAGAAGAAAAAACCUGCUGUGUUUGAGAUGGCUGAAGUUGUUCCUGUUAUGACAAAUAACUACGAAGAAAGUAUUUUGAGAGGGGUAAAGGAAGAAGGUUAUUCAUAUGAAAGCUCAAUUGAACUCUUGGAGAAGGAUGUUGUCCAAUUGCAUUCUCCAAGGUGGCAGUCCAUGAGAAAAGAUGUCUUAGGAUGUACAACUGAGAUGGACUUUUUCCUCUGGCCAAGGAAUGAUCUUCAAAGCAUUCAGUGCUUACUGUUCUCAAGAUGGAAGGGAGAAAAUGACUUGGCUUUCAAACCACUUAAGGUUGACUUUAUAUUUGAGUGCAUAGAAUAUGAGAAGCAGCUGCUACGUCUAGUAUCUGGAAAAGAGAAGACUGGCCUAAUCAUCAGCAACCCAUCACAAUCCAUGUUUUUAUUUGUAGAUAGAUACCCUGUGGAGACGCAAAAGAAUAAAGCAAUAGUUUUCAAGUUGUCCAGUGCUUGUCUUUAUUUACCUCAGGACCAAUUGACCCACUGGGGACCAGGAGCUGUAGGCGAAAUCAUGGAACCUUACUUGUCAUGACACAUGCCAAUAUUGUGGACUUUCUUUGGUUUAGACUUAAUGUCGAAUGAGUACAGUGCACACAUUUUAAAGGGACUUAGUUAAAAUAAAAAAAGUGCAAGGCUUUGUUGAAGUUACAUCAGUUACAUUAUAAACAGGCCAUUUACAUGUAUGUGAGGACUUCAACUGCUCAUGUGUGGCAACAAAUGUAAUUGUUUAAUAAUAUAUACAAUUUUGUAUAUAGGGAUGCACCUUCUUUCUAUGAGUUGUAAGCAUAAUGCCAUUGUUGUACUAUGAGUAUAUUUAAGGACUAUUGCCAGAUGUUUAAAGUGUAAAUUGGACAGAUUUAACUUUUCAGAAGAAUAGAAAAAAAAAGCAGGAAAGGCUUCCAAUUCAAUUGUUGAUUGUUGCCUUGGUUUGACAUCCAGAAACUGAAUGGAUAGUUCAGAUAUUACAAAUAUAUAUAUAUAUAUAUAUACUUGAGCUAACAUGCUCAUUGUCAUUAAGGUGCUAAGUUAACAAAAUUGUAGGGAAUAAGGACUUAAAUCAAGUUCCUGCAGUUUCAGUCAUAGGGAGAUACUAUGAUACACUACAUUCCACAUUAAGUUUCUGGUGCUCUUUGCAAAUUUGUGUAUUCUCAUUGGUGUUCUUGGAAUCUGUAUAAUUUUAGAAAAGAUAUUCAUGAAAGCCUUAUGUAUAGUAGAACGCACAGGCAGUCGAUUAAUGACAAAUGAGUAAUGUUUUGAAUGAAGUGAUUUUCAAAAGUCAUCAAGUUUGACUCUAAAACUAGAAUUCAUUCAUUAGUAAAUUGAUGUGUAAAGUAUGUUACAUUGCAGCAUAAUUCUUCAUUUUUAAAAUGGGUGUCAUUUUGUUUUCAUUUAACAGUUACUUUGUGUGGGAUGCUAUUUCUGUUGUGAUGAAAACAGUCACUAUAUGCGUCAUUUCAAGUUAAUUUCCGUCGUAGAAAUUUACAAAAUGGAUGGACUUAAAAAGGCCAAACUGAUAACAGUGGACUGUUGAACAUGCACCAAAAGAUUUAAAAAAAAAAAA